UCUAACAUAAAAAUGUGUUAAAUUUGAAAAUAAUAUGAAUUCAAAACCUGAUGUGAGAGGUAAAUUCUACUAAAGAAGUAGAAUUAAAACAAUCUGAAUUAGAAUCGCUUGUUAGCGGCGGGUAAAGACUCUCUGAGCUCUGCAGCAGCAAUGAACGACUAAGGAUUACAGCGAGGAAACCAAGGAGAGUGGGCCCUGUUUCAUUCAACUACAUUUUUUAUUUUAUCUCUUCACCCGAAGAAACUGUUCAUCUUAAAAGUUACCGCUAAUUAUAAUUUACCACCAGUUGCAGUCGCGGCUUCCAAUCAGGGAAACACCCGCAUGUUUAAAAGAUUCCUUGUUCGAUGCUUAAAACCCAGACGGCCAAUAUAAUUAUUAACUCCACUCGAAGCAAAAUAUGGUAAUGGUUUGCUAUUAUAAUCACUUACUGACGCCUGUUGGUUGGGUACGGUUUUCGAUUGCCAAACCUUCCGUUUUGAGAGCCGAGACCAACAACCCCAUGGCUUCUGAUCUCUCCUCUGACCGCUCUGUCUUCCGCGGCGUAUCCUCCUCUUCUCCUAUCCGCCGCCGUGAUCUAGUCUUCAUCGUCAAUCCUCGAGGUGCUAACGGGAGAACCGGUAAAGAGUGGAAGAAACUGCUUCCUUAUCUUCAAUCUCGCCUCGGCAGUGAUUGUAAUAUAUGUGAAUCUUUGACUUCGGGUCCUUCUCAUGCAAUUGACAUUACUAGGGAGGCAAUAAGGGAGGGUGCUGAUGCCGUCAUUGCAGUUGGAGGUGAUGGAACGCUUCACGAGGUUGUUAAUGGGUUCUUUUGGGAUGGGAAACCUGUUGCUAAUUGGAAUACAGAGGCAGUUCAUUCAACCGCUCUUGGUCUCAUUCCCUUGGGGACGGGGUCAGAUUUUGCCCGAACAUUGGGCUGGAAAAAUGAUCCCCGUGAAGCCAUAGACCGGAUUGCUAGAGGGGUGAGAUCACAAAUUGAUGUCGGUGUCAUUAGCAGAGAAGGGGAAGGAUCUCAUUAUUUCAUUAAUGUUGCUGAUAUUCAUCUGAGUGCUAAGGCAGGUUAUUAUGCUUCAAGAUACAAGAAAUUUGGAAACUUGUGCUAUGUUAUUGGCGCUUUACAAGCCUUUAUUGGCCACCAUAAUCAGGACCUUAGAAUCAAGGUGAAUGAGGGUGAGUGGCAAACAUUGUCUCAAGUGACGGCCCUCUGUGUUGGAAAUGCAAAGUACUUUGGUGGUGGCAUGAAAAUUACACCAAAUGCUGAUCCUCACAGUGGAAGUCUUGAGGUUGUCAUUCUUCAGGACUUCAAGUGGUAUGACUUCAUUCUAAAACUGCACAAGCUCUACAACGGCACACUUUUGUCACUGAAUAAUGUGACCUCAAGAAAUGUAUAUACGAUUGAAGUAGAUGAGAUUUCAGGGGGUGGAAACAUUUUCAUUCAGUCUGAUGGGGAACAUCUAGGAUUUCUUCCUAGGAAGUUGUCUAUUCUACCUGGUGCUAUCGAGAUGAUAUGCUAACGUGAACCCUGGAAGAAAUUGAUCCUAUACAACCGGCGUAUCAGCUUACUCCGAAACUAUGCAUCUCCAUGGAUAGAGUCCAGUAAGACAAGCAAUUGACGUCAUCAAACUUAGAAGUAGGAAGAUAUGGGACAGAACAAAGAUAGUGAUGGAGAUGAGUCAUUAGUGUUACCCCUUAUUUAAUAUUUUAGUUACUUGUGCUUAUGUUGAGUAAAUUUUGUAGCAAGCACCAUCCUUCACCAAAGCUGAGGACUUAUUUUUCAUUUAUGCUGUGUGAUUGGUUGUUUUCUUGCCAAUGCCUUACAAUAAAUUGCAGCAGGGAGUCAGUAAUUGAAAGUGAUUUUGGAGGAGACUUUGGUAGAUGGAUUCUGGGAGAAAUGAAUAGCCGGCCACCAACACCGUGGCCAGCCCGUGGAGUAAAAGCAUAGAUAUGGAAACCAAGCGACCAAGCUUGUUCUUAUUUAAAAGGAACAGAACAAGCUUUGUGUCUUGUUAUCAUCUGCUGUGUAAUUUGAUAAUGAUUUUUUGUAAAUGUUGUCAUCCAUGGAAUUGCAGAUCUUUAUGAAA